ACUUGGUAGAAAAUCUCAGUGGGAGCGGUCACUAUGGUUAAGUUCUUGAUCUUUCAUCUUCGAUUGUACAAAAAAUGUAGUUUCGUCAAUCGAGUUCGCAGAAAAAGUGUGGUUCUACUUAAAUAAACUGUUCGAAAAGUUGCGCAGCGUAGAGUUCUGGGGUAAUCGAUGAAUAUAAAGAAAUGCACCUCUACAAUCUGUUGAUUCCUGCGUUUACCAGCGGCAGUGAGAUGGGCGUAACAGCAUGUAAUGUACUAGCAUUGUAAUUGCACAGUUCUGGCAUUACAGAGGCAUGUAACACUGUCCGUGGAUCAUUAUUAUUUUUUUUCUGAAGUUACGUUGUACUUAAAAGCCGUUCAGGGACCAACGCUGAAGUGGGUGUAAUUGCGGAGGCAACCAGAUUGCAGUUCCCUUAUGAAACAGCAUUUGUAUUUGACAAGGAAAUAAUAAUCUGAAUGACAUAAGAAAUUAUUUUAUCAUUUUUGUCCCAGUGGUUUGCCUUAAAAAUGUUUUGUUUCCUGCAAGUAUACUUCAGACAUCUGCGCGACAACCCCUUGCUCAGCACCUUCUAACACCCAAAGGUCUGAAGGCACUCUUGGCAGUGAAAUGGCUUCGGGAUAUGAUCACAGUAUUGGAUUCCGCAUGGUCGAUGAAUACCUCGCACUGUAUUGGAGCGGUGCUUCACCUGCAGUUCCUCCAUACUUUCUCCCGUCUGCUCAAAAAAAUGUCGGCAACACGUUUUCCCAGUCAAAUGUGUCUGCAAAUAAUUCGAACUCCCAGCAAUCAAAAACUGCAGUUUCUGGCGUGGCUGACAGCAAACCGCCCUCCACAAGCUCCUGGCAAAUGAGCAUCGAUGACUUUCCUGACGAGAUACUGAUAAAGAUUUUCUCUCACAUGUCUUUCAAUGAGCUGGUACGUGUGGUACGGAAAGUGUGUCCCCGUUGGAAAAGGCUGUCGCAGGAUUCGGAGUUGUGGGCUGACAAAGAAUACCAUAUUGGUUCUGAUACAACUGACAAGGAGGCGAUACAGACGUUCAACGACGUCCCGAACCUGCGUCACGUGAGCAUGCAGCGCAGUGCCACGUCGCGCGUCUUUCGUGCUCUCUACAACGGAUGCCCCAAACUCUUGGAGCUGCACCUGCAUGUCACCCAGGAGCUCAGCUACUCAGUGUUGAAGAACUUGGUUGAGAAGUGCUCCAAAAUACAAAAGCUGAGGAUAUCCAAUGAAUUGCUGAAGUCUGAGAAAUUUUCAGAGGCAGUGUCACAACUGCAGCAUCUCCGUGUGCUGAAUCUGGAAGUACACUUUGCUGAAAGCACUCCUGUGUUGCGACCUCUGGGUGAUGGAUGCCCACAACUAAGCGAGGUUGACUUCGGAUUCUCAGUUCUCGAUAUGGAUGAUCUGAGGUACUUCCUGAAUGCCAAGAGGAACACCCUGAAGGCCAUAUGCAUAAAGUGUGCUGUGGUUGGAAGAAAGUCUGUCCUGCCUUUAUUGACAGUCUGUGCUGACAGCUUGGAACGUCUGCAGCUUUUCUAUUUCUACAUAGUCCAUGAUGGAGCAAGGCAGGCGUUUACUGCUGUGGGGCAGCUGAAGAACUUGAAGGAACUAAAGAUGCCGAUGCUUGAACCGUUACCACCUGGCGUAGCUUCUCUGGCAUUUACCACUGGUGGGCUACCAAAACUGAGAGUGCUGGAUCUACGAGAAGGGUUUGGCCUGGACGAUGAGACAUUAAUUGCCAUAAGCCGUGGCUGCCCUGCUUUGCGGAAACUCAUUGUCAGAAACGGUCGGCUGUUAACUGAUGUUGCUUUCUCCGAGAUCUACCGUCUGGAAUAUCUUGAAACACUGGACGUGUCGGGCUGUACAGGUCUUGUUGGAGCCCUAAUCCCCUACCUCACUGGACUACACCGACUUCAGACUUUAAUAAUGGAAGACAUGGAGUUUCAAGAGUUGCAACCAGGUCUGAGCAGUAUUGUCGAACUAACAAGUUUGCGCUGCCUGACACUCUGCUAUUCUUUUGUUACUGGAGUGCCGUUUGACAAGUUUCCAGGAAAACUUGUCAAUCUCAGGCAGCUGAGAAUCCGAGGGUGUCAGGGUGACCCUAGAUCCAUUGACGGGCUGGAAGAGCAGAUGCCCAAUCUCAAAAUCUACGGCAACUUUGAAGCGGACGAACCGUCUUACCUCAUGGAAGAUCACAAGCAUGAUGUGGAUCUUGCAGAAAAUGAAGAGAAUGUGGUGCCUAACGCAGCAGACAAAGCGCAGGAUGGAACUUCGGAGAAUGACAGAGACAGUGACGCUGAUAGUAUCAGUAGCAGUGAUAGUGAGAGUUACAAUAAUAUCUGGGAUGAAAGCAGCAUAUCUGUCCUCUUCUCAGAGGACAUGUAAAAGUGAUAUGCUAUUUAUAUGGGAAUAUGAAUCUCAGUACCGAAUCAAACACCUGAAACUUCAGGUUAGAAUUUCAACAGUAUUAGGAAAAGAUAGAUUGCUACUCACCGCAAAGAUGAACCAUCGAGAUCCAGAUAGGCACAAUGAAAAAACUGUUGCCCAUUACAGCGCUCAGCCAAAGCCUUCGUCGCAACACACACACACACACACACACACACACACACACACCUAACCUAAUACAGACAUUGAACACUGGUAGUGCUGGCCGGAAUCUACAUCUACAUCA